AUGGAGGAAUGGAAGUGGAAGACGUGCGUGUUCGCCAUCACCUUGGGCAUGCCGGUUCCCCUGCUGCUGGUGGUCAACAUGUGCUGGAGCGCCAUUACCGCCGCCCUCGCGCUCGUCCUCCUCGACUUCAAGAAUGUCCGAUCAUGCCUCGAGAAGUUAACUAAUCAAUUGCUUCUGCUUCAGGUGUAUAUCUUUCUGUCUCAUACCCACUGCUGCGGGGUGUUCAUCACCGUCGACGGCUUCAGUAAGACCAGCACUCCCAGCACAUUCUGGGAGUUCAUGCCUUCAUGGAGCCCUAUGCGCGCAUCAACACGCUGA